GGUGGAAAGAAGUCUUACAGUGGGCCAUGCGGGGGCCGCGAUUGCAGUGCUGGAUGCAAAUGUUUUCCAGAGAAGGGUGCACGGGGUCGACCAGGACCGAUUGGGCUUCAGGGACCAAUAGGUGCACCUGGAUUUACUGGCCCAGAAGGUUUGCCGGGAGCAAAAGGUGAGAGAGGAGCAGUGGGCCCCCCUGGACCAGCUGGACAGAAAGGUGACAAGGGUCCAAUGGGAGUUCCAGGAUUUCAAGGCAUCAACGGGAUCCCAGGUCACCCUGGGCAAUCUGGACCUAGAGGUCUGCCUGGCCUCGACGGCUGCAAUGGUACCACUGGGAGUCCUGGCGUUUCUGGAUCAGAUGGGUUUCCUGGCCUACCUGGGCUGCCUGGUCAUCCUGGCCCAAAAGGCCUUAAAGGAGAACCUGUUUUUGCUCAAGGUGGUCUUAAAGGAAUGAAGGGAGAAAAUGGUCUUCCUGGAUUGGAUGGAAUUUCUGGCCCAAAAGGUUCUCCAGGUCCAAUAGGUUCUGCAGGCCCUAUAGGAUUACCAGGUUUGCAGGGUCCAAUGGGUCCCCCCGGGCCACCAGGUCCAAAAGGUAACAUGGGAUUAGGCUUUCAAGGAGAGAAAGGAGAAAAGGGUGAUGUAGGGCUGCCUGGCCCUCCAGGUCCCCCACCAUCCACUGGAAUACUGGAAUUCAUGGGAUUUCCAAAAGGGAAGCAAGGAGAAAAGGGUGAGCCAGGCCCUCAAGGAUUCCCUGGAGACAAAGGAUUGCCUGGCAUGCCGGGCUUUGGAGGUGUUGGAGAAAAAGGAGAAAAAGGUGUGCCUGGCUUACCAGGUGGCAGGGGUCUUUUGGGACUGGAUGGAUCUGAUGGGAUUCCUGGGAGAAAGGGUCAUCCAGGUAUUCCAGGCUAUCCAGGACUGGAUGGAGUCGAAGGCAUGAAGGGUGAAUUAGGUGACAUCGGUCCCCCGGGCCCUCCCAUCGUUAUUGACAGGGAAGGUGUAGUCAUUUCAGGUGCCCCGGGUGACCCUGGAAACCCGGGAAUACCUGGUCCCCCAGGAGAUGAAGGGAUCAGUGGUUUACCAGGCCUUCCAGGAGCUCCAGGGUUUCCAGGCCUGGAGAGAGAUGGAAUGGGCUCCGGAGGGUCACCAGGUAUUCCAGGUGUGAAGGGUGAAGUGGGAGAACCAGGAAGAGCAACGAUUGGAUUACCAGGCACUCCUGGCAGAGAUGGUUUACGGGGCCUGCCAGGAGCACCAGGAUUGCCUGGUUCACCACGCCCUUCAUUCCCCCCAGACACGAUCCUGGAUGGAAGGACUGGGGCCCCAGGGGAGCCUGGACAAAGAGGGUUGCCAGGAGCUUUGGGUCCAAAGGGGUACAAAGGAGAGGCAGGUGAUUGUGCUUGUGAUGGAGGAGUUACAAGAGCUGGUCUAAAAGGCAUCUCAGGUCCACCAGGUCCAUCGGGAAGCCCUGGUGUGCCUGGGAUUAAGGGCAUUGGUGGAGACCCAGGCACUGUGGGUGCACCAGGACUGCGAGGCCCUCCGGCUUCGGCUGGUCAGCAAGGUCUUCCAGGCCUUAAGGGAGAAAAAGGGGACUCGUCCUAUGCAACAGGCAGAGGUGCUCGUGGGGACCGUGGUGCGACAGCACCCAGAGGACCUUCAGGCAUCCCGGGAACCCCUGGCAGGGAUGGACUUCCAGGCUUGCCAGGCCCACCAGGGCCUCCAGGUGAUGGCGGGCUCGGUUUCCCAGGUGAAAAAGGACUGCCAGGAUUACCUGGCUCCAAGGGCCAUCGUGGAGAAACUGGUUCUCCUGGUGUUGGAUAUCCAGGUCCUAGUGGAGUUCGUGGGCCACCAGGUGACCCAGGAAUGGAUGGAUUUCCAGGACAAGCAGGUCUUCCAGGCCCUCCAGGUAUCACCUUGCCCUGCAUAGUUCCUGGAGCAUAUGGGCCCGCAGGGACUUCCGGCUUUCCAGGAUUGCCAGGUCCCAAAGGCAGCAAAGGCUUUCCUGGCAUUCCAGGCCAACCUGGAUUACAUGGGUCAAAAGGACAGCCAGGGUCUCCAGGAAUAAUAGGCUUGCAAGGGGAACCUGGCUUCCCUGGGCCUCGAGGAGAGCAAGGGUCACAAGGACUUCCAGGACUGGAUGGAACAGAUGGUUUGCCUGGGAAAAUGGGUGCUUCAGGCUUAGCUGGAAUGAAAGGAGCUCCUGGAGAUGUAUUUGGUGCUGAGAGUGGAGCCCUGGGAGAGCGUGGCCGACCUGGACUCCCAGGUGAUAAAGGGCUUACAGGUGAUCUUGGAUUUCCAGGACCAAAAGGGUUAGAUGGAAGACCAGGCCUCCUAGGUAUUAAAGGCGAACAGGGUAAUCCAGGAUAUUCGGGUGUCCCUGGAUUGCAGGGACCUCCUGGGCCUGGAGGUCCUUUUGGCAUUAAGGGAAAACCAGGACCCUUGGGGUCAGCUGGCCUUGCAGGAGCACCAGGCUGUCAAGGACUUCCUGGAGUCAAAGGCUUGACUGGAGACGUAGGUCCACAAGGCCCUGCUGGUAUGAAAGGCUUCCCUGGUCUUGAUGGUGCUCCAGGAUCUCCUGGGGAAAGAGGAUUCUUAGGGCCACCUGGGCCUUUUGGUCAAGAUGGACAUCCAGGCUUCUCUGGGCCGAAAGGCGAGAAAGGGUCUUCUGGCCUGCUUGGUUUCCCUGGCAUGCCAGGCCUGCCUGGUGUUGCUGGGGCGAAUGGAUUUAAAGGAACUCCUGGCACAGCUGGAGGAAAAGGGAGCCCUGGAGUUGUAGGACUCCAAGGCCAAAAAGGUGACAGAGGUGAUGUAGGUCCACCUGGUCUUCCUGUUCUUGGGCCUCCAGAACAGGCACUGCAAUUCAAAGGAGACAAAGGAGAUCCUGGAUUAGCUGGACUUGGAGGAUUCCCUGGACCUAGAGGUGAUAAAGGAAUCCCAGGAAGCCGUGGACAGCCUGGUCUCCCUGGUCCAAUUGGGUCAGCAAGCAAAGAGAGAGGUCUUCAUGGUGACCCAGGCUUCCCUGGUCCAUCUGGACAGCCUGGACUGCCAGGACAGAAGGGUACACAUGGUAUCAUAAUGCCAGGAGAGAGGGGUUCGGAUGGUAUCACAGGAACACUUGGAUUCCCAGGACCUAUUGGCCUUCCUGGUCCAAAGGGAGAGAGAGGGAGAGAAGGACUCAAGGGUGAACCAGGCUACCCAGGAAACACUGGGGUGCAUGGACUCAAAGGCAGCCCAGGAGAUCUUGGCCAAGAAGGACCAGCAGGAAUCCCUGGAAAUGCUGGACUGAGAGGAAUCCCUGGGCCACCAGGACCUCCAGGGCAGCCAGGAUCUGUCGGAUUCCCUGGAGCUCGUGGAACAGCAGGACCUAAAGGGUUUCAUGGAUUUCCGGGUUUAAAUGGUCUGAAUGGCUUGCCAGGCACAAAAGGGUCUCCUGGAACACCAGGUCUGAGUGAAGCUGGACUGAAAGGCCCUGCAGGUCUCCCAGGUCUAAAGGGUGAAGAAGGUUCUCCAGGCUUGGGUAGAGGAGCUCUAGGAUUCCCUGGACCAAAAGGCUCAUCAGGAGACAUGGGUCCCCCUGGUCCUGUGGGACUGCCUGGCUUGCCAGGAACACCUGGAGCUUCUCUUCCUUCUGAUAUACGUGGGAGACCUGGGGAUGCUGGCUAUCCAGGAACUGAUGGGAGUUCAGGUCUUCCAGGUCCUCCAGGACCACGAGGACCCCCUGGCCCAGCUUCUGAUCAAGGUGACACAGGCAACCCAGGUUUCCCUGGUGUUCUUGGCUUGCGAGGCAUUAAGGGUGACGUGGGACCCACUGGUCCAAUUGGACUCCCUGGAGCAUCUGGAUUCAAAGGUGUAAGAGGGGAGCCUGGCCUUAUGGGGAUGCCAGGUAAAGAUGGACCUCCGGGGGAUCCUGGUUACCCUGGGCUGAAAGGUGAAAUGGGCCGUCGAGGUCUCCCUGGCCGACAAGGGGCUCCAGGUAUAACCCCACAGCCAGAAGAAAUCACAGCCCCUGCAGGCUUACCUGGUCUGCCAGGAAUUGAUGGUGUCCCUGGCUUUGAUGGAGAUCCUGGAUUCCAAGGCCCAGCUGGAAAACCAGGUACAAAAGGUCUGCCAGGAAGAUCUGGUUUGAAAGGACAUGAUGGUUUACCCGGUUCACCUGGCAUAGUUGGGGAUCCAGGACCUUCGGGUACCCCAGGACCACAAGGAUUUGAAGGUGUUGCUGGAAAGCCGGGCUCGCUUGGUUUGCCGGGAAUGCCUGGUCGGAGCGUGGGCGUUGGAUACACUUUAGUGAAGCACAGUCAGUCAGACCAAAUCCCACCUUGUCCCAUAGGAAUGAAUAAGCUCUGGGACGGCUACAGCUUACUGUACGUGGAGGGGCAGGAAAAGUCACACAACCAGGAUCUUGGUUUUGCUGGCUCAUGUUUGCCUCGCUUCAGCACCAUGCCUUUUAUUUACUGCAACAUCAACGAAGUGUGCUACUACGCCAGCCGAAAUGACAAGUCCUACUGGCUCUCCACCACUGCUCCUAUCCCCAUGAUGCCAGUGGACAGUGUUCAGAUCCCACAGUACAUCAGUCGUUGCUCAGUAUGUGAAGCACCUUCCCAGGCUGUGGCUGUGCACAGCCAGGACAUCACCAUCCCACAGUGUCCCCUUGGUUGGCGCAGCCUAUGGAUAGGAUACUCCUUCCUUAUGCAUACUGCGGCUGGCGCAGAAGGUGGAGGUCAGUCCCUUGUCUCACCUGGUUCUUGCCUGGAGGAUUUCCGUGCCACUCCAUUCAUUGAAUGCAACGGUGCUAGGGGAACAUGCCAUUACUUUGCAAACAAAUACAGCUUCUGGCUGACGACCGUUGAACAGUCGCAGCAGUUUGUCAGCGCUCCUCCCUCAGAAACCCUGAAAGCAGGACAGCUUCGAACAAGGGUCAGCCGUUGCCAAGUGUGCAUGAAGAACUUGUAGUAACAAAAAUGCAGUAGCAUUAACAGCCUUCGUUACCUAAGACUAGACAUCACUGAUGUGAAGGAUAAAUUCAUAAACCUGUUUUGUGUGUGGUUGAUGGGUGAAUCAAGACAGCCAGAAUUCUACAAAAAUCAAGUGUCAGGUCUAGGAAUUUGAUUGCACACAGAGGAGGAAAAGACCAGUGCUCUGAA